AUGGCCGUUGCGCCAGACAGUGCCGAUGUGCUUCCUGUUUUCGACUUGACCGCGGCCGUGGACAAGAACCCAGAUGAGGCUGACCCUGAGCUAUGCGCGUCCAUCGCAAGGUGCCUACAUGAGACUGGAUGUCUUAUUGUUCGCGACCCGCGUGUUCCAGCCGCCCACAACGACCGCUUCCUGGACCUCCUGGAGCGCUACUUCGGGCAGCCCGCGGACCGGAAGAUGGCGGACUGCCGACCCUCCCUGGACUACCAGGUCGGGGUCACGCCCUGCGGUACGGAAGUACCCCGUUGCCUCGUGGACACACAGCUUCAAGACCAGCUGCGCAAGCUGAAGGGCGCCAAUCGAGCCACACUGCCGACCGGGCCAGACCUCAAGUGGCGGUACAUGUGGCGAGUUGGUCAACGGCCGGAGGUGACCCAGUUCCCGGAACUGAAUGCGGAGCCUGUCGUACCGCAGGGAUUCCCCGAGUGGUCCGUCGUGAUGGACGGCUGGGGGGAGGCGCUGGUGGGGGCGGCUACUCUGGUGGCGGGGCUGCUGGCCCGGGGGCUGGGACUGGGGGAGAGCGAAUUGCAGGACCUGAUGUCCGUGGGGCCCCACCUGCUCGCCCCGACCGGUUCCGAUCUGUACUGCAAUGGCCGCCUGGGGGCUGUGCUGGCGGGCUACCACUACGACCUCAAUCUGAUCACGGUUCACGGCCGCAGUCGCUUCCCUGGACUGCACGUCUGGUUGCGGGACGGGCGGCGGGUGGCGGUUCGUAUUCCCGCGGGCUGUCUGCUGAUGCAAGCCGGGAAGCAGCUAGAGUGGUUGACGGGGGGAUAUAUUGCGGCGGGGAUGCAUGAGGUGGUGGUGACGGAGGCGACGCUGGCGGCGGUGGAGGCCGCUCGAGCCGCGGGUCGCAGCACCUGGCGCAUCUCCUCCACCGUCUUCAUCCAUUGCGCCAGUGACGCAGUUUUGAGGCCGCUGGGGCGGUUCGGGAAACUGCAACAGCAGCAGCGGAACCAGACAGAUAAUCAUGAUGCGGCAACAUCAGCAGCCGCGGCGGCGGGGGAGGAGGGGAUGAAGGCGGGGGCGGAGGACGGUGCCUAUCCAGCGAUCAAGGCCGGGGAACAGGUGAGCAGCGGGUGCCGGGCAGGGCGGCGGUGGGGACGAGUACCGAUGAGCUCUGCUUUCUAG